UGAGGUGAGAACCCCUAUGAUUAGAUACGAAAGGGGGGACCCUUACGGCACCAUAGAGAGGGUUUUUAUGUGGGCAGGGAAAUAUGGAGUGACUCUUCCUAGGAUUAGAGGAGAAGGCGAAGUGACUACCGAGCUCUUUGAGAUUUACGAGCAGGAGACGGCGGUCAGGUUCUCAGUGGCCUCCGAUGAGAACGGCUGCACUAGAAAAACGGAAAUAUUUUUGUCCCCUGACGCCCAGCUGGUCUUCGCAACUGAAUUAGCGGAAGGAAAAGACCCUCUAGGCAUCGCCGAAAAAACCCUAGAACGAGUACAGAGGUUGAGAAGGGGUGGUACCGGGGGACCCGUAUUUGAUAGGGUAGAAUACCGAGGGAGGGAAGAGGUUCCGAGAGCAGGCCACGGAAGAACUUGGAGUAUUCCUACCUGGGCCUAUCGACUACUCUAUAAGGACGACGAGACCGCGAGGAAAGUCCGAUUGUGGAGUCAAGUGAUAGAAAAAUUCCCGCUGGGCGAGGAAGGGGGACACGAGUUAUUCACCCAGUGCUGGGAGUCGAGAAAAGACACCGAUUUCGAGUGGUGGGCACGCGUUGGGGAGUUCAUCAAGCCUCUAUUCUCCGGGCAGCCUGGUGAUGUGGACAGGGAUUUGAUUAGAAGGUGUGCGCAAGAGGGGGUUAGAGGUAUCUCGGACCUAGAGAUCGCUAAUCUUGCAUUGGCCGCCAGUGAGGAGAAAAAACUGAGGGAUUCCUGGUGGACAGUAACCAGUGAGGAGUCAGAGGGGGAAGGUGCGGACGAGGAUUCUAGCGAGGAGAAGGAGGGAACAGAGGAGGAAAAGAGCUCGGGAAAUAACAGAGACAGUGAGGGCUUGCGGCGGAUUUCAAGGGGGGAACGAGAAAGCUUGGUAGCCUUCACCCGAAGGUUCAAAUGCUUAUCCCAAACCCUAGUGGAUAGGGGCAUGUUGUCCGAGGUAGACAGGUGCGUAAUAUUCAUGCUACACCUGCCUGAAGAAAAGAGGAAGGAGGUCCUUGAAAAGGCCCCGAGGGAUUCUGCAAAUUUCGAGAAAGUGGCCGAAGUGGUUUUCACAGGGGGAGGGGUAGACGUAAGAGAAUACAUGAAAGAGACCUUGGACAUGGCUCUCCGCAACAUGCGAGGGAUACGGAACGAUGGUCCAAGAGGGAGCGAUAGACCACCACCGGCUCCGCCUGGUCCCCGGUGGGGAGACCGGCCUGCCGGACGGAGGAACGAAUCAAGUGGUCAGGGAGGUUGGAGAAACGACAGGGAGAUAGGGGGGAAUCGCGGUUCUGAUUGGGGAACCUCCCAUUGGAAGGAUGCUAGGGAUGGAAGGUGGGGAGACGCCCCUCAAGCUAGGGCCCCUGGGCCGCGACCGGAGUUUAGAGCACCACCACCUCCGUCACCGCCGCCACCGGCUCCACCUGCGCCCAUAGCGGCAACAGCACAAAGGGGUCCGCUUCCCAACAAUCCCCAAGCUCGGGCCGGGUGUGUCUACUGCAACGAAGAAAACCACAUCAGAAGGGACUGCCCUUAUCUCACGGAGGCGUUGAGAUUGGGAGUAGUCAAGUUGAAUGAAAACAAGUGGGUUGUGUGGGGAGAUAGCGGAGAGGUGGUCUCCUUCUAUCCAUCAAUGAAGGUGAACGUGGACAAAAGGGUGGCCCUUCAAGAGGCUAGGCUAGGGAAGAAGCCGGAGGUCGGGGGCUCCUCCAGCGCGGCUCACAUCGAAAUGGUGGAGUCACCGGGAGGGUUGUCCAUUAGGGAACCCCAAGUAUCCAGCAUCAAGUUCAUAGAUACACAGGCCGAGGAGGAGAGGCUCUGCCUAAGGGUGAGGACGCAGGUCGGGGCUGAGACAUCUGAGAACCAAGCGAGCGUGACGGAAAGUACAGAGGUGAAAAGCGGCGACAGUGACCAGCCAAUGACCGAUGCGAAAGCAGUGGAGGAGAAGAAAGAAAAACCCACUUCGCCAAAAUCACCUAAGAAAAGGGGCCCCAAAAAGUUCGAAAUGAAGUGCACCUUGGAUGAGAUAGACACGGUAGCACCCCUUAGGCAAACGCUGAUGGAGCCCAUGCAGUGCACCAUUUUAGAGUACCUGGCCACAAGCAAAAGUGCCAGAGAGGAGCUCCUAAGUAUCAUAAGGAAGGUGAGAGUCCCGCUAGCGGUAGCGCCAACGGUGUUAGUGGAAGGUCCCGCCAAGGAAGAAGUGCAGGCCACCCGCAUUACCAUGGAGGAGCUGCCGGUCAAUUUCUUCUCGGGGGAAGAGGCCAAGAAGUUCUACGUGCUAGGGAGUGGUCAGCUCCAGGCGGUGGUAAGUGGGAAAAAGAUGAGGGCCUUAGUGGACAAUGGGUCCGAGUCUACGGUAUGUAGGGACUCCAUCGCGAGAGAACUAGGCCUAGAGAUAGACCGAGGGGUGUCAAUGUCGAUGGUGGUGGCAGAUAACAAGCUGCAACCAGCGGAAGGGGUGUGUUAUAGCCCCGUAAUUGAGGUAGCUGGUGUGGAGGCCACGGUACUGAUCUUUUCGGUAAAAGAAUGUUCCUCCGAAUUAAUCCUUGGGAGGACUUGGCUAAGCGCGGUACAUGCAACCACAGUUUAUUUGCCGGAUGGAAGUCAAACUCUCUCGAUCCAAAGUCUUGAUGGAAUCAGAGUGGUCCUAAAGACCGUGGACGCUCAAGAUGAACGUAACCGGACCAGCCUUACUAGGCGCAAGGGGGCCCAGUCGAGGGUGUAUCAAGUCCGUCUAGAGGAAGUGCCCUUGACGGGUAGAGGACCCAAGGGGGACCAAUUGGAGACCGAAGACGUGGGGGACAGGAUAGUAAUUAACGGCAUGGGGUACGAGAAGGAGGACGAGGGAGAGGAGUUCGGUGGCCGGGAUAGAACGGGGGAAGCUACGAUAUCGGAAGAGGAGAUAGGCGAUAUCAUCAGGAAGAGGAAAGAGACGGAGAGGCAAAGGAUAACGGCCGAUAGACUGACCAAAAUGGAUAUAGGAGAUGAGAAUAUCACGGAGAAAGAAAAAGAGUUCAUAGCAAUGACCUGAAGGGGUUGCGACAAGGCCAUUGCCUUUGAUGACUCGUAGAGAGGGAGAAUCGACCCAAGGUAUGUUGAGCCAGC